UGGUUUUGAUCAUUUUUUUAUGGUGAUAUUUAACACCCCAUUCUCAACUACUUCUUGAUUGACUUAAAACAUCUUUCAACUACAAUACAAAUUAGGUUUCGAAUAUCAUAAAAUUUCCGAUCUAUCCGAAACAUAGGAACCUUAACAAACCCGAUUAGAUAUCCAUUUUAAACAAUGUGAACUUAAAAGCCAACUCGAGCAAAUUAACAUUUAGAAAACAAAAAAAAAAUACAAAUAAACCCUCUAAUAAGUCUAAACAGAAAACGAAGUGGCGGUAAAGCAUAACCAUAAAUCUGUUCAAUUCUCUCACACUCAUUCAUGAUUCAUGGGGUGAAGAACUGAGUUAACCCGCCAACAAAACUCAGUUCUUAUAAUUUCUGCUUUUUGAUUUUCUGCAAAAAACAUACUAAAAAUGGCGGUUUCUUUUUCUCUCUCCUCACUAUCAAUCUCUUCUCAUCCUUCCAUCCGUUGUUUUCCCCCCAAAUCAACCCCUAAUUUCUCCAAUUUUCGAUCCCCGCCAAUUAUUGGAAACACUAGGGUUCAUGUUUCUGUUUCUGCAUCUGCUACUUCUUCUUCUUCUUCUUCGAAUGUUGUUUUUCGCAAUCUUAAUGCCGAUGAUUUCAGACAUCCUCUUGAUCAACGAAACACUGUGAUUUUGAGAGCAAUUCCUGGAUUAGAUGCAAUUGGCAAAGCUUUAUUAGGAUCAAUUGCGGAGCAGGUUAUGUUUCUUGAGAACAUAGGUACUUCAUUGCUUGUUUCCAAAAACCAGCUUCCUGAACUGCACCAGUUGAUGCUUGAGGCUGCUGAAAUAUUGAAUGUUGAGCCUCCUGAUUUGUAUGUUCGCCAGAGUCCUACACCGAACGCAUAUACCUUAGCCAUCAGCGGUAAAAGGCCAUUUGUAGUUGUCCACACAAGUCUUAUUGAACUUUUAUCACGAAAAGAGUUGCAGGCUGUCAUGGCCCAUGAGUUGGGUCAUCUGAAAUGUGACCAUGGACUGUGGCUGACAUAUGCAAAUAUCCUCUCUCUUGGAGCAUACGUCAUACCUGGAGUUGGUGGAUUUAUUGCUAGUAGCAUAGAGGAACAGUUAACCCGUUGGCUCCGAGCAGCAGAGCUGACCUGUGAUCGUGCAGCCCUUCUUGUUGCUCAAGAUCCCAAGAUUGUCGUAUCCGUCCUGAUGAAGUUGUCUGGGGGCUGCCCUUCCUUGGUGGAUCAACUAAAUGUGGAUGCAUUUUUGGAGCAAGCUCGCUCUUAUGAUAAAGCUUCUUCAAGUCCAAUGGGGUGGUAUAUAAGUAAUGCUCAAACAAGGCAAUUGUCACACCCUCUUCCUGUGCUACGUGCUCGUGAGAUUGAUGAGUGGUCAAGAAGUCGAGAAUAUAACUCUCUUAUGAAACAGGCAAUGCCAAUGAACACCUUGCAUAAGGCUUAGAUUUUUGGGAAGGACAAAUGGACAAAUAUCCAGUAAUCAGUUUCUACUAGUUUCUUUCACACGGUAAACCAAAGAAAUUGGAGAGUUGCCUGCGGGAAGAUUGAAGAUUCAUAUUGCCAUAUUGCACAGCUGCUGCAUGUCUUGGUUAAGUCUGAUACACUACACUACUACAUGGUGUAAUUUACAUGUUAUUGCUGCCACUAAAGGAUUCUUAUAGGUAAGCGCCUUGUAUGCUGUAAAGGUGGAAUAUUGACGUAGUCUCUUGAUUCUGCCAUAUAGGUACAUACAUGGUGCCAAGGACACAUUUGUAUGAUAGGUCCAUAUUUACUGUAUAUUCAGACAACACACACAGAUCGGUUUUGAUUACUGCAUUAAAAAAUACAUGUAAUUAUGUUAAUAUGUAAAAUAGCUGCAUUUGUCUUUUGUUCUGAUAACAAUAUAAUGGAUCAGCAAAUGUCUGUAUAUUUUUACUGGGGUUGAAUGCCUGUAAUUUAUGAUUUCAAUGCUUGUGUACCGGGAACACAUUCAAUGUAUCUGAACUGUACUGUUUACUGAGAUAA